GCCAAACAGUCAAUGUUCAGCUAAGCUGUGGCUCCUAUAGUUUCUUGUAAAGAAGACCUCUAGUGGCAGCAUUAAUGUCAUCUGUCCUUAACUACAGAGCGCAUCGAUCAGACCAUUUAUUUCUGCAAUCUGUAGCAAGCUUUAGCUCGAUCGACAAUGGCUUUGGCGUACUACCAGAAACACCUCCUUUCUUUCGUUGCCUUUCUCCUACUCGUGAACCUCCAUAUCGAGCACUCAAUGGGAAAGGAAGUCGUACCAGUGGGCGUGGUUCUUGAUUUGAACUCCACGGUGGGAGGAGUUGCAGAGCGUUGCAUGUCCAUGGCACUCUCCGAUUUUUACGGUGUCUAUGAUUAUUAUAACACCAGGAUCGCUCUUUUGACUAGGGAUUCUGGGAAAGAUGUCAUUGCCGCAGCAUCUGCAGCACUGGAUUUAAUGAAGAAUGAAGAAGUGCACGCUAUCAUAGGACCUCAGAGCUCAGCACAAGCUAAGUUCGUUAUUGAACUUGGACGAAAAGCUCAGGUUCCAAUCAUUUCCUUCUCAGCCACAAGCCCCUCUCUUUCGCCUGCUCAAAACCCCUUUUUCAUACGCACGGCACUAGAUGAUUCCGCUGAGGUGAAAGCCAUAGCAGACAUUGUUACGGCCUACGGUUGGCGGGAAAUUGUCCUUAUUUAUGAAGAUACAGAUUAUGGAAAGGGUUUAAUUCCAUACUUGAUGGAUGCUUUUGAAGAGAUUGAAACUCGAAUGCCUUACAGAAGUGCAAUUCCUCCAUUAUCCAAUAAUAGUGAAAUCGCUAAGGAGAUUAAAAAGUUGAAUGAAACUAAUGCUAGGAUAUUCCUUGUGCACAUGACGGCUUCACUUGGCUCGAAACUCUUUGCACUUGCAAAUAGUGCAGGAAUGAUGAGGGAAGGGUAUGCAUGGAUUAUCACGGAAGGGUUAUCAGCUUUGUUCGGUCCUUUGGGCCCAAAGGUGAAGGAAUCAAUGCAAGGUGCGGUGGGAUUGCGACCAUACAUACCCAGAUCAAAACAGUUGGACCACUUCAAAAGAAGAUGGAAAAGAAUUAAUUUAACCUCUAGCAAAGCAAACGUUAAGAUUACUGGAUUAAACCUCUUUGGAUUAUGGGCAUAUGAUACAGCUUGGGCUUUGGCUAUGGCAGUAGAGAAGGCUGGCACAAUGCAUUCUGAAUUCUUAAAGAAAAAUGCUAGCAAAAGUAACGUGGAUCUUACAGCUCUAGGCAUUUCUGAAACAGGUCAAAGUCUUCUUGAUACGAUUCUAACUACAGAAUUUCAAGGCCUGAGUGGGAAAUUUCAUUUGAUUAAAGGACAGUUGGAACCUUCAACCUUUGAAAUACUCAACGUGAUUGGAAAAACAGAGAGAAUUAUUGGAUACUGGACCAGAAAAGGAGGAUUUCCACGAGAAUUAGACGGCAAUAAUGAAGUGGCAUCCUCAAUUUCAAAGGACAAACUUAAGCAACCCAUCUGGCCAGGUGACACAACAGAGCAGCCACCAAAGUUGAGGAUUGGGGUUCCGGUGAAACCAGGUUUUGAAGAAUUUCUGAAAGUGGAAUGGGAUCCUCGCACUAACAAGCCUAUCAUAUCAGGGUUCUCCCUUGAUGUGUUUCUUGCUGUAAUUCAGGCAUUACCAUUCCCCCUUCCUUAUGAGUUACUUCCUUUCGCGAAUAAGGAUAGGCAAAGUGCUGGAACGUACGAUGAACUUACGUACCAAAUUAAACUCCAGAAGUAUGAUGCUGUGGUGGGAGAUACAACAAUUGUGGCUAAUCGCUGCUCAUAUGUCGAUUUCACUUUGCCUUACUCAGAAUCGGGCGUGUCAAUGGUGGUUCAAGUGAAAGAUGAUAAGAAGAAAAACUUUUGGAUUUUCUUAAAGCCACUAAGCUUGGAUCUGUGGUUAACAACAGGUGCAGCAUUUGUUAUUAUAGGUGUGGUGAUUUGGGUUCUUGAACACCGAAUAAACAAUGAGUUCAGAGGCCCGCGAGUUCAACAACUUGGCACGAUUUUUGGGUUCUCAUUCUCGACACUGGUGUUUGCUCACAGUGAGAAAGUGCUAAGCAACUGGUCAAGAUUCGUGAUGGUCGUUUGGUUUUUUGUGGUACUCAUCCUCACACAAAGUUACACUGCAAAUUUAGCCUCGAUGCUGACAGUAGAGAGAUUGCAGCCUACGUUUGUUGAUGUAAACGAGAUAAGAAGGAACGGUUAUUUUGUUGGAUAUCAAAAUCAAACCUUUGUCAAAGGGCUUCUAAUAAAACAGUUGAAUUUCAAUGAGUCCAUGUUGAAGCCUUACAACACCCCUGAGCAGUAUCACGAAGCACUGUUGAAAGGAAGCAACAAUGGUGGGGUUGCAGCUAUUUUUGAUGAAAUUCCCUACAUCAAGCUCUUCCUUGCAAAGUACAACUCCAAGUACACUAUGGUUGGACCGACCUACAAAACCGAUGGAUUUGGCUUUGUCUUCCCAAAAGGAUCUUCUUUAGUCCCACACGUUUCAAGGGCAAUCCUGAAUGUGACUCAAGACGCAAUCAAAUUCGGAAAAAUUGAGCAGAAGUACUUUUCAAGUAGUGGAAGUGCUAGUACUUGUGAAGAUUCAUGUCCCUCAAUCUCUUCAAAUAUUGCCUCAAUCUCUUCAAAUAGCCAUAGUCUCGGUCUCAACAGCUUCGGAGGCCUCUUCAUUAUCACCGGAGUUGUGUCCUUGUUCUCGGUGUUGGUUUAUGUGUCGAAGUUCCUUCGCACAAAUUGGCCUACCGUGAGCACCCUCAAACCUGAGAGCUCCUUUUUGUCCAAGUUGAUUGAACUGGCCAAGCGUUUUGACCAGAGAGAAGAUCCCUCCUCACAUCCCAAUAUUCAUGAAAGACAUACAUCUUGGGCAAACGCUGUAUCAAGUGCUGAAGGUAUAGAACUUCCUCAUAACAUGGAGAACCACUCCAGGAAUUUCCACGCUGCAGGAGACAGUGAUGAAAGUCUUGAUUCAACGGGUUCUCCUUCUCGGCGCAGUGAUACUCCAUCUUAAUAUAAAGAUAUGAAAAUAAAAAUAAAAAUAGACUUAAUUAUUCCAUGGAUAUUGUUUGUAGUUCAUUAUUUUAGAUUUUGUUAUUUCAGUCAUAUUUGUAAUAACGAAUUUUAAUAUA